AUUUGCGGUGAGUUGGCAGCUUGACAUUAACCAGUUGUUCGCAAUAAAUUGGUUUGUUUUGUUUCUAAUAAGCUAAAAGAAAUAAAAGUUUCUGCAGUUCAUUGCGUUAUUUUGGCUACUAACAAAGAUACCCCAUAUAAUUUAGCCAAAUCAGUCACAUUUACAACAACAGGAGCUGCAGCUGCGCGCAGUUGGUGACGAGAUUUCGCAUUUGGAGCAACGUUGUUUUAAAAGUCACAACAAAAUGGAUAAUCAAAGUGACAAUAACGAUGUGCUGGAUGCGAGUGCUCGCAAAGAUUUCAUGCUGGAGCGCCUGAACAAACGCAACAAAGAUCGUCAAAACUAUUUGGACGUGAAAUUGGAGCAGCGCAACAAGGAGACGCUGCACAACGAAGGAGUCGACUUUUUUGCCCAGACCUUUGGACAACGCUCCUAUGACAUUGAGCAGCGUAUUCAGCGCCUGCAGCUGGAAAGCGGCGAUGCACCGCCGCCUGAUCUCGCCCAGCACUUUGCUGAGAUUACGAUGCAAAUUCAGGAGUUGCAACGCUAUUUGACCACAUCGACGAUGUUUCUGUCGGAUUUCAAGAUUAAAUCGUGUCAGCACAUGUUGAAUGCAUUGACAUCGGCCAGCGAUGAGGCCCGACAGCGACUGCUGCCCAAAAAGAAGUUUGGCUUCAGUGGAAAGAAGCUGGCAGCGAAACAACAACAGAAGCCACUGCAACCCAAAGUAGAUGUAGUGGACAAGUCGCCAGCGAAGACAUUUAACUGGACAAUUGCCAACGAAUCCAACGCACACAUUGUACUCCAUGGCACGCAGGUCAAUGGCCUCGAUAUAACCAUUUCCAAUGUCCACAAAUGCUUCAUUGAGCUGCAGGGACAUCCCGGCUCCGUGCAGAUCUCGAAUGCUAGUCAAUGUACGCUGUUGUGUGGGCCGGUGGCACGUUCGUUCUUUGCCGAGCAGCUCGAACGUUGCACGGUUGCCAUCGCUUGCCAGCAGCUGCGUCUGCAUUCAUCGCAUGCCACACGUAUAUAUUUGCAUGUCACGUGUCGCGCCAUCAUCGAGGAUUGCCGGCGCAUCGACAUCGAUGUCUACAACUAUGAUUAUCCCGAAUUGGAGGCGGAUUACGCUGCCUCUGGGUUGAAUAAGUCGCAGAAUAAUUACACAGAUGUGGCAGACUUUAAUUGGCUGUCGCCGGAUGUGGCGUCGCCCAAUUGGACGCUGCUCAAAGAUCAUGCGGCGCCUAAUUGGAGUGCGUUACGUCGUGAUUUUUUGAGCAGUGUGUCAAAGGAUGAUGCUGCAUUGAUAUAGUGUCGGUUUGGGCAGAGGAGGAGAACGGGAACGAGGAGGAAGCGACGUCGAUUUAGGCUGCUCCUGCUGUGCAUGCUGCUCGCCUACGCUUUGCCCUUGGGUUGGCUGCUCCUGGAGCUGCUGUUGCCGCCGCUGCCCAACAAAUUGAUGUGCAUAUAAAAUACUAUAUACAGCGUAAUAAUAAUGAUAAUAACAAUACUAUACAUAAGCUCAAUAAAUAACCGCAGCUAAUAUAGCAUAAAA